ACUAACAGCUGGGCCUGACAACUCAGGCUUUUGUAUCUACAAAAUCAUUAGAAACACACACACACACACACACACACACACACACAUAUACACACACAAACAAUGCACUGUGUAUACAUAACCACUGACACACACACACACACUGCACUGUGUAUAUAUAGCCACUGACACACACACAAACACACACAUUUUCUGGUCCUUUCUGUUCUUUAGCCUGGUCUGAAGUCAUGGAGACACUGCUCCUGCUGUCCCUGCCUCUGCUUUCUGUGAUCAUUACACUUUGCCACUCACCACUGCGAGCUCUUUAUCGAUGUCUGUGUGAGAAAGUGCUGAAGGUCCUCUGUGGAAAUGUUUGUGUCAGACGCACACAUGCCUACAUCUUCUCUGAGUGUACCCAUGGCCAAGCUGAAAGUGUGCUGGCCACGUUCGACCUUUACAGUAAAAAACAUGCUUCAGCCAGCAUCGGGCCAGAAAAAGGUGUGUUUCUGGAUGAAGUGGUACGACGCAAAGCUCCUCUCAGGGUGCUGGAGUUGGGAAUGCACUGUGGCUACACUUCUGUCCGAAUACUGCGUAUGCUUCCCACCUUUGGAAAAUUGUUCACAGUGGAGAUGGACCCACUUACUGCCGAGAAAGGCGAGGAGAUCAUACUUGUUGCAGGGUUUAAAAAUUCACAGUUCCAGGUUUUACCCUGUUCUUCAGCUGAAGCCAUCUCCAGCUUAGCCUCUCACCUAGGUGAGGAACGUUUGGACCUAGUGGUGAUGGACCAUGACCCUGAGCAAUAUCUUCCAGACUUUCUGGCCCUUCAAAGAGAGAAUCUGCUCUCUAAACACAGUGUCCUCAUAUUAAACAGAGUUGUGAAAGCUGGAGCUCAAGCUGUGAUGGAGUACCUCAGUACCAAGCCACACAACUACAGUGUGUGCCAGCAGGUUAAAGACAUGCUGGAGAUCCACUGUCAUAUGGAGAGAGAAGACAGUUAACACUAUGCAAGCUAAGAAUUUUGGAUGUGAAAUAUACAGACUGCUCAACACUUACAGCAGCAAUCAUGAAAAUAAGCAUAAUAACCCAAGAAAUGGGUUAUAUUCUUAGGUGAUUUGUGAGGUGAUCUGUAAAAAAAAAUAAAUAAAUAAAUAAAUAAAUAAAUAAAUAAAUAAAUAAUAAUAAUAUAAUAACCAGGUUGUAAGUACUUCUUCAAAAUGCCAAAAGAAGAAAUAAGAGCAAGAGACAAAAAUUAGAAAGUAGGCAGUUUAUUGAAAACUGCAUUUAAACUCAAACAGGCUGGUCAUCUGCUGAUCAACAGUUUAAGACCAUAGCCUUAAAAAGUUCAAAUCUGUGCAAAAAUAUGGCUUCAAUGUCAUUUUUCUUUAGACAGUCACAAUGUCAUGAUCUCCUGAUGGCAAAAGCAAAAAGGCUUUCUGUUUUUGUACAUGGCAGGAUUAUUGAGCUGCACAAGCAAGGGCUCUCGCAACGUGCCAUUGCUGGAGAGGCUGGACGCAGUAAGACAGUCAUUUAAAUUUCUCAAAAAAAUAUCCCAAGAGUUAUGGGACAAAAAAAAUCACCUGCACUGAGCAGGAAAUGUCCAGCUCAGGCAGCCUUUUCCACCCACAAGUGUGUGAGUGUGUGUGUUUUUUUUUUUUCUUGUGCCAUUCACUGUAAACUGUAGAGUCUGAAAACUGAAGCUCUUGACCUCUCUCUGCAUUAUUUUCAGUGCUGCCACAUGUUUGGCCAACACAUAAGAAGGUAUAGAGGUGUUCCUAAUAAAGUGGUAAUCAUAAUCAUAAUCUGAAUUGGAUAGAAUCAAGUAUUAGAUGCUUUACUGAUUGGCUACAGUAUGUUAUUCAUCAAUAAGUUCAUGAGUCUGUGUAUGUGUGAUGCCUUCCGGUGCCCUGGCGCUGUAUUCCUGUCUGAGUGAAUGAAUUAAUUGAUAGUUUUUUUGCAUUUAUUUUUUAUUUUUUUUGCAUUUUAUUAUUGUUGCUUGUUAUGUGUAAUUUGUUAUGUUUAUAAAGGUUCAAUGUAUAAAAUAUUUCUGAGUAAUUUAAGGUUUUGCAACAAAAAAAAAUCUUCAUUUCAAAUUUAUAUUGAUUUAUGAAAAUGAACCCCAGCUGAGACAGAGGUUAUCUCAACAAACCUAAUUAUUUUUUAACUGCAAAUGCAAAUCACAUU